AUGAAAUGUUGGGCUUCUACCUAUGCAUCUCGGAUUUUUAAAACUCUCUUUGUUUCAAAUGACCGUCUCCUUUACAUGGACUACAAAGCAUUGAAUGAUAAUGAUGCUUAUGUUCCGAAAAGAAAGCUUGCUUGUCCCUCUGUAACGACCUCGGAAAUAUUUGUUAAUCUUCUGGGUUCUUGCAAUCGCUUGGUAUGUCUAGCAAUUGAAGACAGCGACGAUUACGCCAACAUUAUCUUAUGGAACCCCUCUACCGGAGAUACCACUGUCUUACCAAAACCUCCGUUUAACAAACGAUUUUACGAGUUGGGAUCCGACGACAAGCUGUUUUAUGGAUUGGGAUAUGAUUCCUACAAUGAAGACUACAAGGUAAUAUUGGGCAGUCGAGAUACAACCGAAACAAAUCCUUUCCAAACUGCGAUAAACGUCUUCACAGUGAAAACAAAUUCAUGGACAACUUGUCAAGAAGAAGAAAUCAAUUUCCUUAAAGGGUAG